GCGGGACGGGCCCCGGAUGCAGUUGCUGCGCCACAGGCGCCCGGGUCCUGCGCGUGCCCUCGGCCUGUCGCCGGCCGCUCGCGGCGACAUGUCGCUGGUGGCGGAGGCCUUCGUGACUCAGCUGGCCGCCGCAGAGCCUUGGCCUGAAAAUGCUGCAUUGUAUCAGCAACUGAAAGAGGAACAAAUUUUGCUUUCUGAUAAUGCAUCUUCCCUUGCUGUUCAGGCCUUUCUGCAAAUGUGCAAUCUGCCAAUCCGGGUGGUUUGCAGGGCAAAUGCGGAGUACAUGUCCCCAUCUGGCAAAGUACCCUUUAUUCACGUGGGAAAUCAGGUAGUAUCUGAACUUGGGCCCAUAGUCCAGUUUGUAAAAGCCAAGGGCCAUUCUCUCAGUGAUGGGCUGGAUGAAGUCCAAAAAGCUGAGAUGAAAGCUUACAUGGAAUUAGUCAAUAAUAUGCUCUUGACAGCAGAGCUCUAUCUCCAGUGGUGUGAUGAUGAAACAGUACAGGAGAUCACCUACCCGAGGUACGGCUCCCCGUACCCGUGGCCGCUGAACCGCAUCCUGCCCUAUCAGAAGCAGUGGGAGGUGAGGCGCAGGAUGAAGGCCCUUGGGUGGGCGGGCAAGACGUUGCCGCAGGUGCUUGAAGAUGUAGAUCAGUGCUGUCAGGCUCUCUCCCAGAGAUUAGGAACGCAACCAUAUUUCUUCAAUAAGCAUCCAACUGAAUUAGAUGCUCUGGUAUUUGGACAUCUGUUCACAAUCCUUACUACUCAACUAAUCACUGAUGAACUCUCUGAAAAAGUGAAGAGCUACAGUAACCUCACAGCCUUCUGUCGGCGGAUAGAGCAGCAGUACUUUGAGGGCCAUGAUAGAUACAGCCCGGCGACUGCAGCAGCCCUGGCUGCCAAGAGGCCCUUGCUGAGAUAAGUGUGGUGUUUGAUGCCUGGGCUGCAGCAUGUGCCAGUCUUGGGUUUUGUUGUUCACUGGAUUGAUGUUGGGAAUGGAAACGUGUGAGCUUUUUGAAGCUGCCAAAUCACUCUGGAGCAAGAAAAACACUCUAGGUGCAGUGUUUGUGUUGUAGAAUACACCAUGCCUGUUUUAGCUGAAACAACUGCAUGGGCACUUCCAUUUUAAUAGCCUCUAUGCCACUUACUCUGAAGCACCCUUGGAAGAAUAUUGUAUGUGUAUUAAAAAAAUAAAAUACUUUAAGUUUCUCUCUGA